AUGAACACUUCCUUCAUCCACCCAUCGUAUUGCCAAAGAGAGACGCAUGAGGCUACCGAUGCGCAGUUGGUAGGUUCCGUCGCGUCUUCUCCAUUUGCAAAUGGUAUGCAAAGAGUAUUUCUUGGGGGAAGAGAGGCCGAGUGCCGGGAAGAGGAGGAAGAAGCCCUUUUACCCUGCACCGUACUCAGACUCACUCAUUUUGACGAUAACUUAAUAUUACCCAAAGCAAUUGCAAUAACUAUCUACAGUGUUGUAUAA